AUGGCUUCGAUAAGGGAACGCGACAGAGGAUAUAGCAGCGCGCGGUUCGCGUCGCCAGUGAGCGACAUCAUCCUUGACAAUUCAAAUUUGCGCGGAAUCAGUCACAGCAACAGGUACAGCAGCGGCCGCGAUUCCCGGAGCAUCAGCGCGGGCCGGAACGCUAUUGGCGCAAUCGACCGCCCCAGCCGCCGCUGCAGCCGCUACGGCUGUGAGCUAGAAAACCCCGAGGCGUAUCCUCUGGAUCGAUCACGGUCGGGCCCGCUCGAAGCGGCAUUUGACCUCUUCGAGUCGCAAGCGCGGCGGCCUCGAUCUAGACCAAGCACCAGCGGAGAACUCGGCGGCGCACGGGUCGGCGCGCACGAAAUCAGCGCCGCGGUUGGUGCUAAUGGAGGGAACACCGCAACAGGAAACUCGUUGCUCCAUCGCCGCCGCCUAUUCCGCCACAACUCCGCGGCUUUCAUCCGAACGCCACCGCGAGCCGUCGGAUUCCUCGCGUUCCAAUCAUCCAACGGCUCGCCGUGUCCCUCGCCGUCCCCGACGGGCUCCGCGGCGGCUCUCGCGGCGCCCUCACCCACGAGCCGCUCGCGGCUUCUCCAGCGGUUGCGCGGGAAAAGCGAGUCUCCUGCGCGCGAAUCUCCUGCGCGGAACUCCCCUGUCUCGCGGAUUAAGAACGGCGCUAUUCCGUUGAGUCGCAGUGUUGACGCGUCGGCGCCAUUUCCGGCGGAGCAAGAGUCGCGCUCCAUUAUUACAAGGGUGAGAAGCGGGCGAAGCGGUGAGCUGGUUUCUGAGAAUCCUCAAGAAUCGCGCUCCGAUUUUACAACGGCGAGAAGCGGGCGAAGCGGCGGGCGAAGGAUGCAGGCGAUAAUGAGCGUCGCGAGCGCCGUGAACACCGUCGCAAGCAGCGCGAGCGACGCUGGAGCUAAUGUCGCAAGCAUCCCGAGAAGCGGAAGCAGCAGCGGGAACUUUCCCAGGGUUGCUCGCGUUCCUUCCAGUAGAAACGUCGCAAACGUCGCCGGUGUCGCCAGCGUCGCAAGCAUCGCGAGCCUUGCGAGUCUUGGCGGCAGCAGCAGCGAGUUCAGUGUGUCGACGAUCAAAAGCACUUUUGCGGGCGACGGAACCGUCGCUUUCAGCCGCAGCAGCAGCAACAGCAGCCUGACGACGAGCGCGAGCGUCGCGAAUUACAGCUUCAAUAGCGCGGCGACUGGAACGUCUUCAUUCGCAGCGUCGCUGUCCACUAGCGCGACAAGAGCGGAUGUGACACAAACGGGCGUGAGCCUGAGAGACGUGGGCCGGCAGCAGGCAAUGCGAGACAGUGAGGGUCAGCGUCUAGGCAGGAAAAUGCGCGCCCCGAUUCAGCUCCGGGGCAGCAAGGAAGCGGAAGCGGAUCGUGGGGCGGAGAGUCUGGCGGAAGGGGAGGAAGGGGAGGAAGGGGAGGAAGGGGGAGCGGAGGUCGCGGCUGAUGGGGGUACAGAGGAGGAGAGCGAGGAGUGGGGUGACCUGGAGGAGUUUGCUGACGUGGAGUGCUCCAACUGGCAAGAUAUUUCGGUCAUCUGCCAAGCCAGGGAUGCUGAGGGAGUCAAGCUGCUUUUUGUUGACAUCUUCGUGGCUGACGUCACACCAGGCCUUCUUGACGUGGCAGGCAGCGGCAGCGCGCGGCAGCAGGAGCCUCCCCCUCGUCCCUCUCGUUCUCAGAUUCACGUCUCAUACCAUAUCACCUUUCCAGACCAUUCCUCACCGGCCUCAGCUCCUCCCAUCUCUGCGACUGAAUUUCCUCUGUCUUCUGCUGAGGAAUUCCACUCCCCAUACCGCUCCCCUCACAUGGACUCCACUUCGAAAACCUCAAGAUUCGAUUCUCCGAAUCGCGGGCGGCAGUGUCACACCCCAUCCUCCACCACCACAGCCUCUCCAUCAAAGUCCCGCACCCCAUCCUCCUCCUCAUCCGCUUCCUCCUCCGCCUCGGCCUCCUACUCAUCCUCUCCAUUGCCUUCAUAUUCCUCCUCCCCCUCUUCUAUUUCCUCCCCUACCGCCGCCCUGAUGCGAUUCCAGUCUGCUCUCUUUUCCAACUCCCCCUGCUCACCUCUCUCCUCCUGCUGGUCCUCCUCCUCCCCUGCCGAAUCCCCUCGCAACUCCCCUCGGGAAUAUCAACAGUCUUCCCCUGGAGAAGGCCUGGAGCGCCCAGGCCUAUCACCUGCUACGCCUGGGAAAAUCAUGAGAGCUUAUCAGAGAAGGGAGAAGGGGGAAUUCGAACCAGAAGGGUGUGUGAGAAGAACAUCUGGACCUGACUCUCCUGCUCUUGCUGCUGUUGCUUUUGCCGCACCUACACUAGCAGGCCCUCCGUCCCCGUUAUUGGCUGCUUCUGUACUCAGUAGUGUGUCACCAAGAGCCUCUUCGCCGUCCAAGAUUUGGUUAAGCGCCAGCGGGAGCGGGUCGAGCGGAGGACCUGUGUUGGUGCCGUCAAGAUUCAGGGAAGGGCCAAGACGAGCAGAUUUGGAUUCCCCCGUGGCUGAGUCAUCAUCCAUAACGGCCGUUGCGGGAAAUGGGCUGCCUGAGACUACUCGCACAACCCUUGAGCCCGUUGAUUUGCAUGACGGGGAGGUGGAUGACUUCAAGGGAGUGAUUGCCCCUGGAGGUGAAGAGUUGAGGGAAGGGAGCACGAAGGCUCCCUCUGUGGACUGCGCGCGAGAACCAGCCGCAGCUGAUGCUGCCGACCCGUCGUCGCACGAUCAUUCGUCGCACAAACAUUCCUCGCACAAGUCGUCGGAGAAAGAAAUCCUCUCCGAGCUCCUCUCCAUAGCCGACAUUCCCGUCGCGUCGCACAAGUCGUCUUCGUCGUCGCACCACCAUUCCCGUCGCCAUGCGGCGCCAGCGACCGUCGUCGACCCAAUGCACCUCAAGACGGCGUCGCAGCAUCUGAAGGCAGCGCGACAGCAGCAGAUAGUGGAGUCAGAUGCAUCGGAUUCUGCGACGGGUUCAUCUCCCCCAAAGCCAAAGAUUCGCAAUCGGGUUGCUGCGAGUACGAACGCAAACGCGACGCUGGACAGCUUCUUGACGACGCCUGGUAACCAGGCCGAUGGCGAAAAUCCCGCUUCGGUUGGAGACAACGGGGUUACAAAUGUUUCGGUGGUAGAAGACAUGAUGUUUCCUUCUUAUUCCGACCAUGCGAAACCGGAGCAAGUCGGCGAAGCUGUCGCAGAUGUCGCAGGGCUGAAGAUUCAAGACGCCACAGGCUCAGCAACAAGCGAAAACGACGCGCCGAACGCGGAUACCAGCGAGAAGAGUGAGAUGAGAAAAAGUAACAGCGUGAACGCCUUGGAAAACGCGGACAAGAAGCCUCACCCGCGGGGUUCGGUGAAUGUCGAAACGUCGGAAGUUCUUGCUGCAAUGCGCGUCUGGGGUGCGAACAGAGGAGCGGCGAACGCGGCGGGGAAUGCGGACUCGGUAUUCAUGCAGCCAUAUCAAGGUAGCAGUUACAGCAGCUACAUCGACGACCACAAAACUUCGCCGAGGGUUUCGUCGGACGCUCCUGCUCGCGAAGAGCCGGCGAAACUGGAAAGGUCGCGAUCGAAAAGUUACCCCGAAUUGGCAGAGCUGGCGAAAUCGGCAGCUGUGCCGAAGAUCAAACCGCUCGGCGGAAUGCGGUCGGGGGAGAAAUCGGGUGGAAAGGCCGCGGUUAUGGAUAAGCUCGGAGUUGGUCAAGAGGAUUCGGAAUAUGCAGAUACGGAGUAUUUCGGCUGGCUCUUGUCGGGAGGGUCUAAGUUUGCCAAGCCUGCGAGCACGAGGCAAGACCCGGAAGAUCAAUUCCAAGAGCCUGUUAGUCCUAACAUCAUUCAGAACGCGGGAAUCAGCCUCACAGCGAUGGAUGCGGUUCAGGGGGAAUCGAAGACGGCGAAGCGAGGGGAUGAAAACACACAGAAGCGAGGCAAGCACGCAGGAGACGGGACGGGAUCUGGCUUGGGAAACGACUCAUCAAGGAUGAUGAAGCGGACGGGGAGGAGGACUAAAGGGCGGGAAUCCGCGAGCACGAAGAAAAAGAAGAUUAUCUUGCAGCUGCGACAGUACCAGCAGGAGGUUCUUCAGGUGGCUCUGGAGCGCAACACGAUCGUCUAUCUGGAGACAGGCAUGGGGAAGACGCUGAUUGCGGUCAUGCUCAUGCAGGCUCGCCGUCAGAUGCGGGAGAAAAGUGGCAAGAUCUGUGUCUUUCUGGUGCCGGCGGUUGCUCUGGUGAUUCAGGUUGGUGCAGGGAGCAGCAAGCGGCAGUGGGUGAGCAGCAUACAGACAUACGGGUGGGGAGUCAUCGCACAUCUUGGUUUCGUGUUCAUCCAUGAGAAUGACGCACGUUCUUGUUUGUGUAUUGUAUUCAUCCAUCCCCGUGCUUCCAUCCCCUCACCACAGCAAGCGGCGGUGGUGGAGCAGCAGACGGACAUGCGUGUGGGGAAGUACAGCACAGACACGGAGAUCAAAUACGAGGCCACAUGGGUGCAGCGGCAGGUCUCCCGGCAUGAGGUGCUGGUGAUGACGCCUCAGGUGCUCGUGAACCUCCUCCAGCACGCCUUCCUGUCUCUCUCUUCAGUCGAUCUCCUCAUAUUCGACGAGUGCCAUCACACCGCCAAGGACCAUGCCUACGCCACAAUCAUGAAGACGUGGUACUUCUCUAUGAAGCAGGCGGAGCGGCCACUUAUAUUUGGCAUGACGGCGUCGCCCAUCAACACCAAGGGCAGCGGGUCGGAGGAGUCAUGCGUGCAGCAGCUGCUUGAGUUCGAGAGGAUUCUCGAUUCAAAGCUCUACACAGUCCUGGACAGGUCGUGUCUGGUGGAGGUGCUACCUAGCGCUCAGACCAUCCAGUCCCACUACGACCCCCCUGGCAAGGAGCAGGAGCAGCAGCAGAGGUGGAGUGCAGCGUACGGGGAGGUGCGGCGGAGGAUGGUGAAGCGAGUCAAGUACUUUGCAGGAGCCAUCGACUGGUGCCUCACUGACCUCGGUCGCUACCCCGCAUUCCUGGCACUGCACUCGCUGCGUUCACAAGCAGCCAGUGGGACCAUGGACCAGCACGAGGAGAACGCCCGCCUGCAAGACGCGUUUGCAGCCGUCCGAUUGGAGUUCAUCAACCGCUGCGAGUCAUUUCUGAAAUGUGGAUUGCCCCCCGAGGCAAAGGCACCAGGCCCAGACGGAUUAGAAGCCACCCUCGCCCUGGCAUCGCACCCCUCUGCACUCCUCACCCCUAAAAUCGCCCACCUCCUCUCCCUCCUCCGCCUCUACGCCUCACAGCCGUCCCCCACCAUUGUCAUUUUCGUGGAGCGCAUUGUCACCGCACACAGCCUCUCUCGACUCCUCCGUCUGCUGCCCUCGGUUGCUGGCUCGUUGAGGGCGGAUUUUGUGGUUGGCGCUGGGGCUGCCAAGAUCGGGAUCUCGACCAAUCAGGGCGGGACAGCUAAGCACUCCCGGCCGGAUUCUGCAAUUUCACGGUUUCGUGCUGGGAAGCUGAACGUGCUGGUGGCAACUAGUGCAGCAGAGGAGGGCAUGGACAUACCAGCGUGCCACACAGUGAUCCGAUUCGACCGCAUUCUCACAGUGCGCUCCAUGCUGCAAUCGCGCGGCAGGGCGCGGAAACCAGGAGCUCACUUCCGUGUCCUUGUGCAGCGGGGUGAUGGCAAGUACGAGGAGGAUUUGGACAAGUUCAUGCGCAACGAGGGCACCAUGCAGGCCGCAGUGCAGCAGCAGCGCAACCCCCAGAAUCAGACCGAGAACCAGAACCGAGGGGAGAGAGAAGGAGUUACAGGUCUGGGAGGGUCGUUUUGGGGAGAUGAAACGGAGGAGGAGGAUGCAGAGGAGGGAGGAGAAGGGGAAGGGAUGGAUGUGGAUUGGGAUGGGAGGGUGAACGUGGAAGUGGGGGCAGAGCAGGGAGGGGAGGAGGCUGUGGGGGGAGAGGGUGUAGGGGGGAAGAUGAAGGGGGAAGGGAAGGUGGAGAGUAGGUGGGGAGUGAGGGGCGGCAGCAGGGUGCUGAUGGUGCCUAGUACAGGGUCGAUGGUGACGAGGCAGGGAAGUGUGGCUCUCGUCUAUCAGUUCUGUAACACCCUCGGGGCCAAUGACGGGAGUGGCGUGCUGCAGCCAUUUUUCUCCGUCUCCUCAUCUCCGAUUGAUUCAAGUGCCACUGCAGCUUUAUCUGCUUCCAGCGACCCUCCAGCGGGCCUCUUUACAGUCACACUCCGCCUGCCAGCCACUGCCGGCGUCCCCGCCAUCCACGGCCCGCCAUGCCGGUCGAAAAUCGCUGCCCGCCGGGCCGUGUGCCUGCUGGCAGUGAAGAUUCUGCUGGAUUCUGGCCGGCUGAGCGAGUGGCUGCUGCCGAUUCGGUGGGGGAAGAAGAGGCGGAACAAGUUCGGUGCUACUGUCGCUCCUGAAAGAGGUGGGGUGGGGGAGGUGAAAGAGGUGGAUUGGGGGUAUGCGUGGCAUGUGGAAGGGGUGGGUGGGUUUGUGGUAUGGAUUGAGGAUGAGGCAGUGCAGGUUUGGUGCUACUGUGGCUCCUGA